AAGUUUACGGACGGACGGACAGACGCACGGACGACGGACGCUGCGUGAUCACAAAAGCUCACCUUGUCACUAUGUGACAGGUGAGCUAAAAACAACCAUCAAACUGAAUAACACUACAAAAAUAACGGAUCGUAAAAUUUCUGAAAGUGCAAAAAGAUCGCUGAGAUCGGACUCGUAACCGACUACAGUAUUCUUGUGCUACAAAUUAAAAUAUUUUUAAGAUAAUAUUACAUAAUAUUUUGAUGAUCAAACGUCGGUACAUCACGGGUGACUUCCGCUGCAAUUAACUCUUGGGGUGUCAUAAAAUAUUUGAAAGCCGCGGUCCUUCUGUUUUGAUUAAUACUUCCCAUUAUGUAAGGCCAUAAAUUCCAAGCCAUUGUAUACACAAAUUGUUGUUUAGGGGAAAUCUGCAUGUAUCACGCGUGACCUUCAUUCUCGACUUUCCAGUAGACCAUAAUCCUUUGCGGCAUUAGUGACUUCCGGUUUACUUCCGCCAUUUACAAUCGACAAAUUGAUCGUACAAAAUAUACCACAAUAAAAUAGCUAAACAAGGCCAUACGUAUUGAUAAGAUAGAUGGACCAUCCUACUAAGCCACGCUCACCCCGAAUAGCCGGUGGAUACAAAGGAUCUGUAGGAGCCUACUGUUGUGUGCCUGGCUGUACAAAUGCUCAAGGUCGUUGUAACAGAAUGGGGAUGAAAUUGUCAUUCUACAGCUUCCCCAAAGACGUCAAGCAGAGAAAAUUAUGGCUCAGUAUGAUAAGACGUGAUGUAAUUGAUGACAACGGCAAGACGGUACCCUUUGAACCAAAGUCUCAUUCCAGAGUGUGCUCAGCCCAUUUUGUUGGAGGUUCUAGAUCUAGCAGUCCUCUUAGUGCAGCAAAUGUUCCAAAUAUCUUCCCCAGAAACAGUACAUUGAAGCGUCAAACUAAAAGAGCACAGGCAGCAGGUGAGGAUACACCAAAAACACCGAAAUCAAACAAAAGGAAAAGGGCUUCAGAGACAGAUAUGUCUGAUAUGGCUGGUCGGCCAAAAGUGAAACGCCAUCUAAAUUUUCCGGAAUCAGUUUGGGAAACAACAGACCAUGAUUAUGUUAAGUCUAGCAAUACUCGUGUUGAAAAUGUGCAGAGUGAGUCAAAAUUGUAUGACUUAGAAAAGGAAAACGAGGAACUCAAGUCUAAACAAUUACGUUUGGAAAAUAUAAAGGAUAAUGACGAGAAGUUUCAGUUUUAUACAAAUCUCCCAAAUUAUGCAGUUUUCGCAGCACUCUGUAACUAUCUGAAAUCAAGAACUAAAUCAACAGGUGUCAAUUACUGGAGAGGGAAGUCAACCGGCACUUCUACAGAAUCACCAGUCUCCAGUAAAGGUCCGGAAAGGAAAUUUACCGUAGAAGAAGAAAUCUUCAUUGUGUUAGUUAAGUUGAAGACCGGAAACUUUAAUGAAGACUUAGCUCAGACUUUUGAUACAAGUCAAGCUCACAUUUCAAGAUUAUUCACCACAUGGAUAAAUGUUCUCUGUACAGAGUUAAAGUUACUGUUUGAAAUGCAGAGUAAUGAGGCAGAAAAAGCUGAGUGUUACAGUAGUUUCAAUGACUUGAAAAUUGUGAUAGACUGUACGGAACUAAUGGUGCAACGAGCAUCAAACCUGGACUCGAGAAAGAAAACAUUUUCAAAUUACAAGCACCACGACACGGUGAAGUUUUUAGUGGGUCUGUCACCAAAUUUAGCAGUUAAUUAUGUUUCUAAAGCAUGGGGUGGCAGGUCAUCGGACAAACAUAUUACCCUUAAUAGUGAAGCACUUAUGAAUGGACUGUCAGCAGGCGAGACAGUUAUGGCUGAUCGCGGCUUCACAAUCAAUAGUGAUUUGAAGAAAAAAGGGGUAAAACUGUUGAUUCCAGAGUUUAAAGGACGCGAUCGACCACAGAUCAGUAAGAAUGAAGCAAAUAGAUCGGAAUUUAUAUCAAAGGCGAGAAUUCAUGUUGAACGCAUUAUUCAAAGAAUCAAAACGUUCUAUCAUUUGGAGAGAAUAAUUCGAUUAAAUAUGCAGGAUUUGGUUGAGCAGAUCUUUACUGUAUGCGCAUACCUCACUAACUUCCAGCUGCCGAUAAUUCGUCGUUGACUUGCAUCAAUGUUG